AAACAUGUCUCAAGGAGGGUUUUGGAAUGUUACGAAAGUUACAUACAGUGAUGAAACUAAAAGGUUUCUGAAUGAACUUGUGAAAGAAUCUCAGUUAGCGAAUUCUUAUCGACAGUCUAUAAAAGCAGCAAUUAAAAACGGUGAAAGUUUGGGUGACAAUGUCACGAAAGUGCAUAAAAACCUUAAAAAGACAGGCCAAGAAAAUAAGGCCAAGAAGUUAAGCAGGCUACCAAGGCCGCAAAAACGAUCAAGAUCGUUAAUAGAACUCAGUGGAGCUUAUGAACCCGAACGUUACCGUCCGCCUCCUGUUGGGCUGAAUACAGGUCCUUCUGAAAAAUUACGUUUAGCCCACUUAAUGACGUAUGGUGAAGAACCAACAGUGAAAUCAUUGAAAAAUGAUCAAAUUAAAGAUGGGAGAUUAGAAUAUUUAAGUCGACGUAUAUUGAAGUAUCCGAAAGUCACUGGGGAUGAUGAUGACGGCCAUGAUAACCAAUCUGAAAACUGUAAGGAUAGAUUUGAAGAAUUAAUGGAUGAAGUCAAUGAAAGACGUGAAUUCUUAGCACAAAUGGAAAAUCUCGGGAGAGUGAAAGAAUAUCGAGCUACUAUUGAAACAGAAAUAUCACAAUUACCUGCUUUGACACAAAAACGUUUACAAUCAAACAUGAUUAAUCAUCAUCAUGAAUUGUGGACGCAUUCAAAUCUUGGCAGUAAAUCUGCGGUGGAUAAAACUCAUAACACUCAGACAACACUCCUGAAUAUAUUUAAGGAUCCUAGUGAUGCAAAAUAG